AUGCUUCUGCAGCCUGUCGGUGACUUCUCUUUUGACAAGUUCUUCACCUAUGAGGGCGUCAAGGAGGCUCUGUCAUCUCCAGAGGUCGUGCUGCCAGCGUGGGUGCACUAUGUUGCCUUCGAUCUGUUCACGGCCAAGUGGCUGGUGCAGGACUCCAUUGCCAACUCUGUGCCGCACUGGCUCCUGGUCGUUCCAUGCUUACUGGUCACCAUGAUGCUGGGACCAAUGGGCCUUCUGUCCUACUUCGUUGUUAGGACCAUUACAUCAGCAGUGCGGCAAAAGGAUGCUACCAAGAAACAGUGA